CUUUGGCUUUAUUUACACUGGGCUGUCGAAAAUUCAUUACUGACUACAACAAUCUGACCAAUAUGGUUCUAAACAAUCGAUUUGACUCUGUCGGUAUCCAACAUUUUGAGCCAGCGACAGAUUAAAAGUCAACUCAGGUUCACCUGUGAAAGUCCAGUGUAAACCCAGUUUUCAGUUUCAUUUUCAUUAUGACCACUUUUGGCUCGCCUCGGUCGGUUUCACUCUGUCAGCCUGGAAAUCCCUCAACCACACGCAAUCCACAGGAGGACUGAGUCCAUCACUUGAACACGGUAGAUCUGAGAUGUGUUGUUAAACAAAACAUCGUCAACGUCUUUAUACUUCAACUAGCUUGCUUUCAUUUUUCUUCCUCACCCGUAAAGAAGGAUCACCUUUCUUGGAAGCUUCACUGCAGCUUGAAGGACUUUUCCUCUUGCAGUGUUUUUUUUAGGGGGCAGCUUUUUUUGACUUAAGUAAUAUUUCAUCCCUUUGUGAGGAGAACAAACGUUACAGAUCCUGAAGCAGAUUGUACAAAUCGGACAGCUUUGAUGAAGGCUCCUGCUGCAGACAUGGAUGAAGAGACUCCGCUGCUGAACACAAGACCACCUUCACCUGAAUCCAAGAUCAACAACUCCAAACUGUUCCUGGCCGUCUUCUCGGCUGUCCUGGGGAACUUCAGCUUCGGUUACUCCAUGGUCUACUCGUCCCCGGUCCUGCCAAAGCUCAAGAGCCCCGAUGCGGAUCCCCGGCUCAGGAUGGACACGAACCAGGCUGCCUGGUUUGGCUCAAUCUACACACUGGGGGCAGCAGCCGGAGGGCUGGGGGCCAUGCUGCUCAACGACAUGAUUGGACGGAAACUGAGCAUCAUGAUGUCAGCAGUGCCGUCGACUGUUGGAUACAUGCUGCUUGGAGGGGCUGUGGACCUGUGGAUGCUCCAUGUGGGCCGUUUCCUCACAGGCGUUGCCGGGGGGAUGACCGCAGCAUCCAUUCCUGUUUAUAUCUCAGAGAUCUCACACAAAGCAGUGAGAGGGGGUCUGGGCUCCUGCCCUCAGAUCACUGCCGUGUUUGGGGCCCUGUCCCUCUACGCCCUGGGUCUGGUGGUACCGUGGCGGUGGCUGGCAGUGGCGGGGGAGCUGCCGGCUGUGCUGAUGGUUGUGCUGCUGGUGUUCAUGCCCUGCUCCCCCAGGAGGCUCCUCUCUUUGGGCAGAGAGCAGCAAGCUGAGAAGGCCCUCCGCUGGCUGAGGGGCAAGCACUACGACACACACAUCGAGCUGCUUGCCAUUCAACACAGCAUCAACACACAGGGUAGAGUCACAUGGUCGCAGCUGGCCACACCCGUCUACUACCGGCCAAUCCUCAUCUCAGUGGUGAUGCGUUUCCUGCAGCAGAUGACGGGCAUCACGCCCAUCCUGGUCUACCUGGAGCCCAUCUUUUCCCAAAGCAAAGUCUCCCUGGAGCCAAGGUACGAUGCUGCCCUUGUGGGUGCGGUCCGCCUCUUUUCUGUUGCCAUAGCAGCCUUUUUAAUGGACAGGGCAGGACGCAAGGCCCUGCUGUACACGUCGAGCAUGCUGAUGUUCCUGUCCGCUCUGACUCUCACCAUGAUCUCCCACACCACGGCCUGCCCUCCAAGCCCCGCCCCUUACAAUGGCACUGUGAGUCUGGACUACAGCGGCCAUAGUGACACUGGAAGCACCGCAGCGGGCAUCAUUCCUCUCAUCAGCACCAUGGUGUUUAUAUUUGGAUACGCCAUGGGAUGGGGCCCAAUCACAUGGUUGCUGAUGUCAGAGGUGUUGCCUCUGGUUGCCAGGGGCGUGGCUUCGGGUCUGUGUGUCACUGUGAGCUGGCUCACGGCGUUCAUGCUCACACACACCUUCACACACCUGGUGGACAGGUACGGCCUGUACGUGCCCUACCUGUGUUUUACGGUGGUGUGCGUGCUCUGUCUGCUGUUCAACGCCGUGUGCAUCCCAGAGACUCGCAACCGCUCACUGGAGGAAAUCGAGAACUAUUUUAGGACAGGACGCACGUUUACCAUCCGCCGGAGUCAUUCCACUGCACAGUCGAGCUGAAGCUAAAGAUCCCUUUUAUCAAAGAAUGAGUUAUUCCUAUUAUGUACUCCUAAACAGGGCUACUGUAAAGAGAUUUUUGAAUUUAAUAUGGAACAAUCGGUACUAAGGGUCUAAGAGCACAGAUGGACCAAUGUAAUUCAAAGAUCACUACGGCUGAGUUCAGCAGAUUGAAAACAAGAUGGUACGCCGUGUAAAACAUGAAUAAAACUUGCUAAUCCUUUUUGACAUAUACUCAAUUAAAAACAGCACAAAGACAAUAUAUUUAAUGUUCCACCUUAUCAACUUCAUUGAUUUUUGUAAAUAUCUGCUUAUUCU